AUGAACGUUAUCAGUAAACUCAUGAAUCUCGAAGAUUCAUCUGAAGAUGAAGUCGACAGCAAGUUUUUGAGGGAGAGCAAGGCGCGGACACAAAGGUUGCGGGAACAGUAUGCGGAUUAUCUAAGGCCCAUACCGCCGGGACUAGUUGGUCGCAGAGCGCCGCCGAGGCACUGCUGCAUUACAACCAAGACCAAGUUAACUAGGGGAGAGCAGCUAGUCAAGAGCACUUGCAGCCAGAGAAUACUCGAUAUUCUCGCUGAAUAUGAUAAAAUUACGAUUCCGUUGCGGUGUCCAUGCGAGACGGUUCCCCAAGGCUGCGAUCCGAAUCGCAAGACGCCAUAUGGUCGCGCUCCAUACACUGAUAAUCUGAUAAUCCCAAAAAAUCUGGCGACCAGUGCCGGCAAGGCAUCGGCUCCGAAAGGCCGUCCCCCGGACAAGGAAGAGAGACGCCUAUUGAUGUUGGCAAGGGUAGCAGCCAAUGCAAUGGCCAAGCAACUGGCCCAGGCAGUGGCCACGGCAUUGGCCAGGUUUACGAGCGAGCUAGCGGUCGAUGCAGUGCUCAAGCAAACGGCCGCAGCGGUAGCAAAGGCAACGGCAGAUGUAGCGGUCAAGGAUGCGGUCGAGGCAGCCAUCAAGGUGGCCACAUGGUCCGAAUCAGAUAUCGAUUCAGCUAGCGAGUCCGAUACCAAACCACAUGCUAAAUCAGUUACCAAAUCAGUUGCCAAAUCAGUUACCAAGCCAGUUACCAAAUCAGUUACCAAAUCAGUUACCAAAUCAGUUGCCAAAUCAGUUACCAAAUCAGUUGCCAAAUCAGUUGCCAAAUCAGUUACUGAAUCAGAUACUGAAUCCGAUUCUGGAUCAGAUGCCAAGCCAGAACCAACCAAUAAAAAUACCGCAGCAGAGACCGAUGCAUUUGUCAGAGAACUUACCCGUAGAGGUGCCAUAGCAGUAUUCAAAUCGGAUACCGAAUCGGAUAGCGAACCAGAUAUCGUACCAAAGAGCGCACCGGUCAACGAAUCAAAGAGCUCAUCAUCAAGCGAUUCAGAUAGCGAUUCCAAGAUCGAAACAUUUGCCCAAACGGUGGUCAAAGUAGAGCCCCAAACGGUGGUCAAACUAGAGCCCCAACCAGUGAUUAAAGCAGAGCCCCAAAUAGUGGUCAAGGCAGAGCCCCAAGCAGUGCCCGACAUAAAGCCUAACGUCAUCAACAUCGACCAGAAACCGAUCGUGGAACCUCCACGCCAAAAGCGCAAAUACGUCCGCAGAGCCCCCCUUAAACGGGAAAGAGAAGCAGCGGCCGCCGCCGCCGCCGCCGCUGCCGCCGCCAAUGGUGAAAUUAUCAAUGCCGUGCCAGUGGCUCCGAAGCCUAAGGGUGUUCGCAAGCCAUAUGGACCGCGAAAGAAGAAGGUGGUAGAGCCAACUGCUAAUCCCAAUGCCCCAAUUGGUGCAGCAGCCGUUCUUGGGGGGCCUGGGAACCCGAACUUACUUAGUUCAGUGGCUUCGGGCGUGCCUGCUACGGCCCCAGCUACGUCGGCUCCACUGCCAGCACCUGGGCAACCUGUCGAUAAUAACGGUGUACCGGCAGUUAAGCCGAAACGCAAAUAUACCAAGCGCACUCCGGCGGUGCCGAAGCCCGCUACGGAAGCUUCAGCGAAUGGAGAGCCGCCCAGGAAGAAGCGUGCUUAUACCAGAAGAGCUCCUUUGAAGUCGCCAAAGAAGAAGGCUUCUCCUAAACGACGAGGCAGGCCUCCCAAGACGGUGAUGGCACUUCCAGAGACCUUCAUACCCAAACCGUCGGUCAAUCCAAUGACAACCUGUGCAGAUGAGAAUAUCCGGGAAAUUCUAAAACGUUCAUUAGCUGUGAAAGAGGAAUCGAAAACCCUCAAGCCUGUCAAACCUGCUGAGCCAGCUCCGCGUCAGCCCACAUAUAAAAUACCAACAGCUCCAUGUCCAGUCCCAACUGGACGGCCUGCUGCACGUAAAAGAGACGAGAAUGGACUGAUUCAAGUUAAGAAAGAACCUAACACGACGCCAUCUAUUCCACCCACACCAGCAGUGCCAGCUGCUGAUUUUGUACCCAAGAGGAGAGGGCGACCACCAACACGUGUUGUUGCACCAGUAGCUAAGAGAGUACCAGCAACAGCUCCAAUGCCAGGUGCACCUCGAUAUCCCAUUAGCUUGCAGCAGGGACAACCCUCAAUGGCACAAUCUGUGCCUUGGGGGCCCAAUGAAUAUGGUCCACCAAUCCACCGAUACACUCCAUUUACACCUCCAACUACAGCCCCAUUUGAACCGCCGAUUGGAUUCGAUCAGCAAUCGUUUACACCAAUCGAUCCCUAUCCAUACGAAUUUUUUGAAUUUCUUUCUAAUACAAAGCCGCCGUCCAACAAUUUCCCCAAGUAG